AUGAUCAAUACAGGUGUCUGCCAUUCAGACAGCACAAUGGCGAGCGGAAACAAAGGAGAUCGUUUCUUUCCAGUUGUACUGGGGCAUGAAGGAAGUGGCGUUGUAGAGAGCGUUGGUGAAGGAGUCACUACAGUGAAACCAGGUAAAUAAAUACAUGUAGUCUGACUCUCUCUCGAAUUUCACCGAACGAGUUUUGACGAUCAGAGGUGUGGGUUUGACUAAGGGACUCGAGAUAAAAACUUAUUCCAUAUCUCAAAUUUUACCUUAUCAUUGUCUUUAGGAGGCCAUGUUGUACUAACCUACGUCCCUAAUUGUGGAGAAUGCAAGCUUUGCCUGAAUCCACUGACCAAUCUGUGCACCAGGUAUUUAUGAAUUUAGCGUGCAAGCAAGCUUUCCAUCGAUCAGCGUACUGCGAGAGUACGCGCGAGCGAACGGCGAAGCGUCUGCCUUCGCGUGCUGCUCUCGCGUUGCUUCUCGCAACUCCCUUGAAUGGAAAUCUUGCUAGCAGGCUAAUUAAUGUGAUUAAAUGUGUAUGCCCUCCUGCAGACCAUCUCUAUAACCGUUAAUCUACCUUUUUUCCUACCUUCUAUCCUUCCGUCCUUCUUACCUUUCGGCUUUCUUUCUGUUUUGUUUCGUACGCAAAUACUCCAUUCAGCAGCGGCGACCAUUUUGUUCCAAACAGCUUUUGCUAAGGGCCUCGUUAACCAGAAACAUACUUUCUUCUACAGCAAUGUGUCCUAGCCUGGACAGCUGAAUAAAUUUCUAGACGUCUUACCUUUGCUGCUUUCGCUCUGAAAACACUUGCAUCAGUAGAAAGCUUAACUUGUCGGUACUACUAACUGAUCUUCGUAUUCCAAAAUAAACGCUACGGAAUUAUACUUCAAUUUGAUUUUAUUAAAGACCUUUAUGUCGCCCCAUGAAAGGUUAUGCGGAUUCCGGAAUAGGGAAAAUUUUUGCUUUUGAAAAUCCGUAGUCCGGGAAAUUUGUGCUUGUGCAAUCCGGAAUUUAGCUCAAGGAAUCCAGAAUCCCACUAACGAUUGGAAUACGGAAUACAAGUCCACUGACAAACAAUCCGGAAUCCAAUACAUAACCAUACAUGGGGUGAGUUACGAAAAAAUAACGUUGUUGUUUUUUUUUCUUAUGUUUAAGUUUCGGAUUUGACAAGGCCGAAAUGCUUGAUGGAACAACCCGGUUGACAUGUAAAGGAAAGAGUAUAAAACAGCUUACCAGGCUGGGAACCUUCAGUGAGUACAUCGUCGUUCCUGAAAUGCUUGUUGUUAAGCCAGUGGGACUAAACCUUGUGAGUAUUGACCUGUUUCAAAAAACAUCAUGGCUGUUCAAGACAACUCACGACAAGUUGAAGCAUUUUCAGCCCUUAGUCACCGGCUAUACCUUUAAGUUCAAGUUCAAGUUCAUUUAUUCACACUUAUUCAAUUACAAUACAACAACAAUAAGAGAAAAAAAAGAAGUAAAAACGGAGCUAACUAUACAUUGAAUUAAACAUAACAAAGGAAAAAAGUAUGUAUCAGCCAAAAGAGCCAAGCUUUCGAGUUGGCUACUACCAAAGAGCGGUUACAAGUGGGUGGAAACUAGUUAUAUAAUUCUUGCUAAAUUAAUCGUAUUGAAAAGGAAGGGUAUAUAUGAGUAAUAAUAACUAUUUAAAUUAAAUAAUUAAAUAAAUAGAGCUAAAUAAAUGAUUAGAGUUGUUCAAGAUGCCUGACUGUCAAGUAGAAAGAGUUUAUAUUCUUUUUUGAAACUGUUUAAGGGGAGACACUUAAUUUUCAUAGGUGUUGCUUCCCAGGUCUGUGAUGCCACUACACUAAACCUUGCUACAAUGGAGGGCAAAAUUCUUAGGACAAUUAAGACGAUCUGCCUUAAUUUUUCCUACUUUCCCCCUCGUCCCCAAGCAAUGUCCUAAUUUGUGCACCCGUGUACACUUUACCCUGUCCUAAAAGUGUUUCUUCAUCCCAACAUUGUUUGGAGGGGGGAGAGGAGGGCCAGUCGCGGUAUCCAAGUGGUUAGAGAAGUGCAUAUUAUGCUACAUCUGAACAUUUGAUAAGUUAAGGAUGUGGUAGGAAGGUUUUCCAUAACCGUUCCAAGGAUUUUUGUCCUCCAUUGUAGGCUAUAAUUAGUUCUACGUAAAAUUAUUUUACAGCCUGUGGAGAGUGGCGCGAAAUGAUGGGUGGGCAAAAAAAAAAUAAUAAUAAAAAAUAAAAUAAAAAAAGAGGAAGUAAGGAAGAGGAGAGGGGAUGAGAGUCGAUCGUCCAUCCUCACUAUCUGAACGCCUCAUUUGUAACGAAAAAGGAAAUGACGUACCUCCAUGUCAACACCUCUUUUUGUCUGUUUGUUUAUGCAGAUACCUCAAGAUUUUCCGCUUGA